AGCAUCAAUAAACGGAUUUUAAAGCUGCUUCCACAAAAACGGUACACGCUGCACAAAACUAAUAGAUGCUCUGCUGACGUUCGAAGAUGAGUUAACGGCAAGCUGAAGAUGGUACCGGGUGUGGGCGGAGUGCCACGAGCGCGGUUACUUGCACUUCUCCUCCUAGCGCUGGUGGAAGUGAUAGCGCGCGCUCUAGGCGACCCCGCUCCCUACAUCGGCAGCAGCAGCAGUGGUGUUGUUGGUGCCGCUAGCACUAGCAAUGACGUUACGAGCGUGCCACCGGAGCUGGCCCGCCACGAGCGUUCAACAUCGCCCCGGACACCUCCGUACAGCUUUCACUUUGCCCACGCGGUGUACAAUGUGUCGAUACCGGAGAACAGCGUCAUCAAAACGUACGCCGUACAGCCGCCGAACGAACCGCGCAUGGGCCUGCACGUGACGCCCGAUCUGGAGGUGCGGUACAAGAUAGUUUCCGGCGAUAAGGACCGAUUUUUUAAGGCGGAAGAGCGGCUUGUGGGCGAUUUUGUCUUUCUGGCGAUUCGGCUGCGCACGAACAAUAUCGUGCUGAAUCGGGAGAAGGGUGAUAGCUAUCGGUUGGAGGUGAAGGCGACGGGCACACGGCGUGAGGGUAAGAGCCGCACGACGCUCGAAGCGGACACGCUCAUCGAUGUGCGGGUGCUGGAUGCGAACGAUCUGAGUCCGCUGUUCUAUCCGACCGAGUAUGCGGUAGCGAUUACGGAGGACACACCACUGCACAAGAGUAUCCUGCACGUGGUGGCGGAGGAUGCGGAUCUUGGGCUGAAUGGGGAGAUCUACUACAGUAUCCUGGAUGAGACGGAACAGUUUGCGGUGCAUCCGACGACUGGUGUGAUUACGCUAACGCGCCCGCUCAGGUUUACCGAGCGGGCACUGCACGAGCUGACGGUGGUUGCGAACGAUCGAGGCAUUGGAUCGACGAGCCGGAAUCAAGCAAGCAAAGCGCGCGUCAAGAUUAAGGUUCUACAGGUGAACCUGUUCGCGCCGGAUAUUUACGUACAAGCGUUGCCGGAUAUACUGGAGAACUCCAACACAAACAUCUUCGGUAUCGUGCGGGUAACGGACAAGGAUAAGGGUGUGCAUGGACAGAUCAAGAGCCUCGACAUCGUUGACGGCGAUCCGGACGGACACUUCCGCAUCAAGCCAACGGACCGUCCGGGAGAGUAUGUGAUCGAGGUACACCGGCUGCUGGAUCGUGAAACGGCACCGGCAGGUUAUAACCUAACGCUUCGUGCUGUCGAUCGUGGUGUACCACCGAAACAGAGCUACAUCGUAACACCGGUCCGGUUGGCUGAUAUCAACGAUAAUGCGCCUGUGUUUAAUAGGGAAAUAUACGAAGUGUCUGUACCGGAGACGUCACCCCCGAAUACGCCCGUCAUACGACUGAAGGUGACCGAUCGAGACGAGGGCAAGAACGCAAAGGUGUACUUGGAAAUUGUAGGCGGUAAUGAGGGUGGUGAGUUUCGGGUGAACCCGGAAACUGGUAUGCUGUACACGGCAGUACCAUUGGAUGCGGAGUUGAAGGCGUUCUACACGCUAACCGUGUCGGCAAUUGAUCAGGGAAAUCCUGGCACGCGGAAACAAUCAUCAGCGAAGGUGAAGAUCAAUGUACAGGACACGAACGAUAAUGAUCCCAUCUUCGAAACCGCAAACCUGACGAUCUAUGUGGAUGAAAACGAACCUGCAGGGACGUCAGUCACGAAAGUGACCGCGAGAGAUAAAGACCUCGGGGAGAAUGCGUACAUUUCGUACAGUAUAGCGAAUCUGAAUGAUGUCCCAUUUGAUAUCGAUCACUUCUCCGGUACGGUACGGACAUCCAAGCUGCUCGAUUAUGAGAGUAUGCGUAGAGAGUACGUGCUACGGGUAAGAGCGUCCGAUUGGGGACUUCCCUACCGACGGCAGACCGAGAUGCAGCUUGUGAUCAAGCUGCGAGACGUGAACGACAAUAGACCACAGUUUGAGCGAAUCGACUGUCUUGGAAGGAUACCACGGUACACACCGAUCGGGACGGAGAUCUUCACGCUCUCGGCACUCGACUUCGACUAUGGAAGUGUGGUAACGUACCGGUUACUGUCAGGGUUUGAAGAUGGUUGUUUUAACCUGGACUCAGUCACAGGCAUCAUUUCGGUUGGGUGCGAUCUGAACGAUGUGGGUAUGGAGCAGCGAGAACUGAACGUUACUGCAACGGACGGGACUCACUUUGCCGACACUGCCCGCAUUCAGAUUAGUUUGGUGCGAAACCGGAGGAACCUUGGUGCGAAUCUGAAAGCCGAAGAUGGUGCUACGUUUGAGUGUCGUGAAACGGGCGUUGCACAACGGUUGACGGAGAUUAUGGCCGCGGCAGAACGCAACAAUAUGCCCGGUCGGGAAGCAGGUGUAAGUGGUGCUGCUGAUGAUUUUGCCAUGAUGCCUAGCAGGUAUGGGGAGAAUGUGCACGCACCCGAGUUUGUCGAUUUGCCGCUUGAGGUGAAGAUAAAUGAGUCGGUUCCGCUCGGUACAACGAUCACCUGGAUUAAGGCUCGUGAUCGAGAUCUUGGCUACAACGGCAAACUGGUGUUCGGUAUCUCUGGUGGAGAUGAUGACUCCGUGUUCCGACUAGAUCCGGAUAAUGGUGAGUUGAAGAUCAUUGGUUAUCUGGAUCGCGAACGACAGGAUGAGUAUCUGCUCAACAUCACAGUGUACGAUCUAGGAAAACCACAGAAAUCCAUAUCCAAAAUACUGCCCAUCACAAUCCUAGACGAAAACGACAAUGUACCAAGGUUCGAGAAGUCACUGGCAAGCUUCCGCGUCACCGAGAACGCAAUCAAUGGGACGAUCAUCUUUCGCGUCAAUGCAACCGAUGCCGAUCUUGGCCAGAAUGCGAAAAUAACGUACAGUCUCGUGACGGACACGAAAGACUUUCGGGUGGAUCCAGAAACGGGCGUACUAACCGUGGUGGCACCACUCGAUCGUGAACGGCAGGAGGUGUACGAGUUGAAGAUACGCGCUACUGAUGGUGGUGGUGAUCAGAACACCCCCGCCCUCUACUCAGACGCACUCGUACGCGUUACCGUAGACGACAUCAAUGAUAAUGCGCCGGAGUUCUCGGUGCAGGAUCUUACCGUGCGCAUCCGGGAAGACGUUCCACGUGGAACGCUGGUGACCGUAGUGUCCGCGAUCGAUCUCGACAGCGGUACGAGCAGUGAGAUAGUGUACAGUUUUGGUGAAAAUGGUGACGGUGAGGGUUCGUUCCGGAUUGACAAGCAGUCCGGUACGAUACGGACGGCACGGAUGCUUGACUUCGAAGAGCGGCAGGUGCAUAGUUUGAUCGUGAAAGCGAUCGAUCGCGGUACGCCAUCGUUGUCGUCGGAAACGUCCGUGAUAGUGGAGGUGAUUGAUGUGAACGAAAAUCGGUUUGCGCCACAGUUUGAAGAUUAUGUGCUUACGGGUGCAAUUGCCGAGAACAAACCGUCCGGUGCGCAUGUGAUGCAGGUGGUGGCGAAGGAUGCCGAUCUCCCUGGACCGGAUUCACGCGUUACGUACUCGAUCAAGGGUGGUGAUGGGCUCGGUAUCUUUACGAUCGAUAAUGAAGGAUUCAUUCGAACCCUUGCCUCACUGGAUCUGGAAACGAAGCCAAGCUACUGGUUAACGGUGUGCGCACAGGACCAAGCCGUCGUUCCACUGCAUUCCUGCGUACAGGUGUACAUCGAGGUGCAGAACGAGAACGAUAACGUGCCACUCACCGAGGAUGCCGUCUACUAUCCCUCGGUCCCGGAAAGCAGUCCACCGAACGUGAAGGUGCUUCAGCUGGUUGCCGAAGAUCGAGACAUUGAUCCACUGCAGCAGAUUUCCUAUCGCAUUACGUCCGGCAAUCCAGAAGGUUACUUCACCAUCAACAGCACGAGCGGACUCAUAACCACCACUGCUCGAAAACUGGAUCGAGAAAAUCAACCCGAACACAUACUUGAGGUCCUGGUGAUGGACAACGGAGAGCCGCAGCUAUCGUCGACAACGCGCGUCGUCGUGCAGGUCGAGGACGUUAACGACCAUGCGCCCGAGUUCGAUCAGAAAAUGUACAAAGUGCAGAUACCAGCCAACGCCAAAAUCGAUCAACCACUGUUUCAGGUACUCGCAACGGAUCAAGAUAUCGGUGAGAAUGGUCGUGUGACUUACUCGAUCAAACCGGGUCGGGGGAAGGCGAAGAAGUUCCGCAUCGAUCCAGACACCGGUGUCAUCUAUGCGGCCCGAACCUUCGAGGUGGACACCGAGUAUGAUCUGCUGGUACGGGCGGAAGAUCAUGGAGUGCCUAAACGAUCACAGCAGGCCCGAGUGGUUGUUGCUGUUGUCGGUGUACCGCUAGAGUCUGAAAAUGCUCCGGUGGUGAAAACGGGCGAUCAGCACGUCGAACUGACGGAAAGCGAUGUGCCUGGAUUUCUGGUAACACUAAUACAAGCAUCCGACGUCGAUGGAGAGCAGCUGUGGUAUGACAUUAUCGGAGGUGAUGAACGGAACGAGUUCUACAUUGGCCGUGAUAAUGGUAAUGUGCUGCUCGCAAAGUACCUCGAUUGGGAACGACAGCGUGAGUACAACAUCACGAUCAGUAUCUCCGACGGCGUACACACGGUCUACACUCAAUUGUACAUCUCCGUGAUCGACAUAAACGAUCACCGGCCCGAGUUUACCGAGUCAGUCUACCGUGUAGACAUUUCCGAAAAUAUCGAGGAAGGCAUGGAAGUGCUUCAGCUACAUGCUACCGAUGAGGAUGAGGAUAAGAAACUUUUCUACAGUUUGCAUGCCGCUAGAGAUCCAGUUUCUUUGAAGCUGUUCCGUGUAGAUUCCGUUACCGGUAGCAUAGUGAUGGCACAUCGGCUCGAUCGAGAAACGCUCGCAGAACACGUGCUGAUCGUAAUCGUAAAAGAUCAAGGAACGCCAGCGAAACGCAACUACGCUACCGUCAUCAUCACCGUACACGAUCACAACGAUCACGCACCGGAAUUCACCACCAAAAUCGUACAGGGUAAGGUGUACGAGACGGCUGCAGUAGGCACACAGGUCGUACAGGUGUACGCAAUUGAUCGUGACAUCGGAGACAACGCACAGAUCACGUACACCAUCGUCAGUGGUAACAUCGGGAACGUGUUUGGUAUCGAUCCGAACAUGGGUGUGAUCAGUGUGGUGAAGCAGCUGGACAUUAGCACGCUUUCUGAGUACAUGCUACAGGUGAAGGCUACCGACGGUGGUAAGCCAGCGCUUUCCUCCCAGAUUCCCGUUCACAUAAUGAUCAGCAUGGCGGACAAUGCACCGCCCCGCUUCAUAUCGGACGAUCCGGCGGCAGAAAUUUACGAAAAUCUUCCAAUCGGAACGUUUGUGAUACAUCUGGAAGCUAGAAGUACCUCAUCGCUGCUGUUCCAAAUCAUCGGUGGCAAUGUGGGUGAUAUGUUCUUCAUCAAUCCUUCGACCGGUGUCAUCACGACGAAGGAUUUGCUUGACUACGAGCACACCAAGUUCUACAAUCUAACUGUGCGGGCAACAAACAUGGCGUCAGCGUCAGCUACCUGUUCGGUCGUUAUAAACGUGCUGGAUAAGAACGAUAACGUGCCGUACUUUGAGCAGCAGGUGUACCGUGGCGAGGUUUCGGAAGCUGCUCCGAUAGGUUCGCUGGUCUUGACACUGUCGGAAUCGUUGGCACAAAAUGCGAACGUUAGUACAGGCAGUGCUAUAACGGGCAAUCACAACCAUCUCGUGAAUGCUUCCCUGCCGUUGGUUAUCCGAGCUAAGGAUGACGAUUCGGGACUCAACGCACUGCUGCACUACGAUAUCUUGGAUAUGCUUCCACGGCGGUACUUCCACAUCGAUUCGAGUACCGGUGCCAUUAAGACGAUAAUGUUUUUGGACCACGAAAAGAUUCCGUUCUUCAGUUUUCACGUAAAGGUAACUGAUCUCGGCAAACCUCGUCUAACGUCGGAACUAACGGCGGAAGUUCGCAUCAACAUUACGGAUGUGAACGAUUGUGCACCUACCUUCACUCAGAAUGAGUAUAAUGUAACACUUUUGCUGCCAACGUACGCAAACGUGGCGGUACUGCAAGUUAACGCAACCGAUGAAGAUAGCUCGGAGAAUUCCACCCUUCGGUACGACAUUAUCGAAGGCAAUCGAGACGGUGUGUUUGCUAUCGAUGCCACAACCGGUAUCAUCACGACGCGAGACGUGGAAAGCAUUGGUACCUCGUACCGGUUGGCUGUUCGCGUCUCGGACGGCAAGUUUGCCAAGGUGGCACAGGUAAAUGUCAAUGUGGAAACGUCUGAAAAUUCCGGACUCAUCUUCCAGCGGCCUACGUACGAAGGUUCCAUCAUGGAGAACAGUACCAAAAUUAGUACCGUAGCGGUAGUAAACGUGCUUGGUUCCACGCUGAACGAACACAUCGAGUUCAGCAUCCUCAAUCCAACCGACAUGUUCCAGAUUGGGCUAACGUCUGGAGCGAUUCAAACCACUGGCCGUAAGUUUGAUCGGGAGGUGCGCGAUAACUACGAGCUAAUUGUGGAGGCUCGCUCGCAGCAACCGGACCGUGAAAAACCACGCGUUGCGCACGUCAUCGUGAACGUUACCAUACUGGACAUCAACGACAAUUGUCCAAUGUUUGUGAACCUGCCGUACUACGCUGUUGUUUCGGUAGACGAUCCACGCGGUUCGGUCAUUACGAAAGUGCAUGCGCUCGAUCUGGACAGCUUCGAGAAUGGUGAGGUACGGUACGAGAUGAAGCGUGGCCAUGGGGAACUGUUCAAGGUGGAUCGUAAGACGGGCGAGGUAACGCUCAAGCAGACGCUCGAGGGACAUAACCGCGACUACGAGCUGCUGAUAUCGGCGUACGACGGUGGCAUCACACCCUGCUCGACGGAUGUUACCGUACAUGUAAAGGUGAUAGAUAAAUCGAUGCCGGUGUUCAGCAAGCAGUUCUACUCGGACACGGUUGCGGAAAACAUUGAACUACACUCGCCACUGUCGGUUGCGAUCCAGGCGGAGAGUCCACUUGGCAGGAAGCUGAUCUACAGCAUCGUGAAGGGCAACGAGAUGGAGGAGUUUGCCGUAGAUUUCAACACAGGUGCGAUCUACGUGGUGGACGAGCUGGACUACGAGCGGCGCCAGAGUUAUGAACUUUUAAUUAGAGCCACCGACAGCGUAUCGGGCGUGUCGGCCGAGGUACCGGUGUCAGUGCUGGUGCAGGACGUGAACGACUGUCCGCCGGAAAUCGAGCAGGAUAGCUACAACAUCACCGUGUCCGAACGGGCACCAUUCGGUACGGCCAUUCUGAAGGUGCAGGCAAAGGAUAACGACACCGGCAUCAACCAGGUAAUCAACUACGCACUCCAGACAGAUUCCAAAAACACCUCCGAGCACUUCCACAUGGAUCCGGCCGAUGGGGUGAUCUAUCUGAAGAAAUCGCUCGACCACGAAACGCUCAGCCACCAUCACUUUACCGUCGUUGCGUCGGACAAGGGCGUGCCGAGUCUCAGCUCGACGGCACACGUUUGGGUGUCGGUCAUGGACAUGAACGACAAUCCACCGAAAUUCGAACAACCAUCCUAUUCGUGCGUCCUGUCCGAGCACGCGUCCCGCGGUCAGUUCGUAACGGUGGUUUCGGCCUCCGAUCCGGAUUACAUCGAUCACGAUCGGCUAGUGUACACGAUUGCCCAGGGCAACGAGCUGCAGACGUACGGUAUCGAUCCGGUUACCGGCAUCAUCACGCUGGUCAACAUGCAGAACUUUGCCGAGAAGCAUGUUUCCAUCCUGAACGUAUCGGUAACCGAUGGCGUGUACACGAGCUUCACGCGUGUCAAAAUCACGAUCCUGCCGGCCAACCUGCACAAUCCCGUGUUCGAGCACAUGUUCUACGAUGCGAAGGUGGACGAGAAUCAGCUCGCUGGACGGCUCGUCACGACGGUCAAGGCAACGGAUAAGGACUUUGGCGAGUACGGCCGGGUAGCUUACUCCAUCAUAUCGGACGAUAUGCAGGAGUAUUUCUCGAUCGAUAAAGAGAAAGGUGAGAUAGUGACGAAGAAAAAGCUUGACCGGGAGGAACGCAUGAGCUACGAUGUGCCGGUGAUGGCGGUUGACGCUGGUGGACGUGCCGGGUUCAGUACGGUAAGGCUUCGCGUUGGUGACGAGAAUGACAAUCAGCCGGUGUUCCAGUAUCGGGAGUAUAAAACGCUGAUCCAGGGAAAUCUAACCGUGAACACGACGUUCUAUCGCGUACGGGCGGUGGAUGCGGACGACAACCAGAACGCUGUGGUGAAGUACUCAAUCUUUGACUCGCAGAACAGUGGCAUCAAGGAGCUGUUCGGGGUGGAUGAAAACACGGGUGGAUUGUAUCUGCAGAAGAGUGCUGUACAGUGGGAGAACCAACUUUUCCAGUUCUUCAUACGUGCUCACGACGGUGGAACUCCGCCACUCUACUCUGACGUCCCGAUUGAUAUCUAUAUCAUGAGCUCUGCCGAAAAUCCUCCACUGUUCGAGAAGAAGGACCGCAAACUCUUCCUCUCGGAAAGUUCCCUUCCGGGCACCGUGAUUACACGACUACGUCUCUCCGGUAAUGUCACUGCCAAGUAUCGCAUCCUAUCAGAUGAGGUGGAAGAGCCCCAGUUUUCGAUUAAUGAUGCUGGUCAGCUGCGAUUAGCGAAAACACUCGAUCGUGAAGUACGGGACUCGCAUCUGAUCGCAAUCCUAGCGGAAACAGACUCAAGUCCUCCGCUGACUGCAGUGACAGAAAUUAUAUUGCACGUUCAGGAUGAGAACGAUAACACACCGAUCUUCGAAAGCAAUCCCUAUUCGUUCCCACUGGCAGAGAACAUUGAAAAGGGUAGUUCAAUCAUGAAGCUGACGGCGCGUGAUGCAGACAGUGGCUCGAACGGUGACAUUCGCUAUGCACUGUCGCCUGACGUUGGUGAUAUUGUGAAUAUCUUCGAUGUGGAUGCGUACACCGGCUGGAUCACAACGUUGGUGCCAUUGGACAAGGAAAAACGAGAGGACUACAAGUUCCAGGUGCUUGCUACGGAUAAUGGACAGCCAAAGCACACAACACGCUCGACUGUGAUCAUACGGCUGAAGGACUACAAUGACUGUCCACCGGUGUUCAAAGAGAGCCAAUACAAGGCGAGCGUUAGUGAGGAUGCUCUACCUGGUACGGUGGUGCUCCAGAUUGCUACUACGGAUAAGGAUGUUGAUUUGAAGAGUGCUGUCGAGUACUACAUCAUCUCGGGUGAUUCGUUGUCACAGUUCCAGAUCAAGAAUAGUGGUGAAGUGUUCGUCGUGAAGGCACUCGAUCGCGAGAGUAUUGCCGAGUACGAGCUGAAGGUGAUCGUUACCGAUGGCAAGUACACGGCCACUGCGAACAUCUCAAUCACGGUGCUCGAUGCGAACGAUAAUCCACCGUACUGCUUGAAGUAUCGCUACCGAGAGCAGCUUAGCGAAGGUGAUCGACCUGGCACGCACGUGCUACAGGUGUUAGCCAACGAUAUGGACGAACCAGCAAACAGUCGAUUACGCUUCUACCUUACUGGAAACGGUGCCGAAGACUUCAAUCUCGACAAGGACACUGGUCAUCUGAAGACGGCUCGUAAACUGGAUCGCGAAACCCAUUCACGCUACAGCUUAAUGGCGCACGUACAGGACCGUGAUCAUCCGGGUUGGGAGUGUUCGUCACAGAUCGAGCUAACACUUACCGAUCUCAACGACAACCCACCAGAGUUCUCCAUGAAUCCGUACAGUGUAACACUCCCAGAAGACGCCGAAGUAGGCACAUUGGUGACAAAGAUCCAUGCUACGGAUGCAGAUAUAGGCAUCAAUCGGAAGAUCAAAUACGCAUUCCUAGAUUCAUAUCGGGAUCAUUUCCGCAUUGCACCAGAAUCGGGCAUCGUUACACUAGCGAAACCGCUUGAUCGUGAGCUAAAGGCACUGUAUAACCUGUCGGUCAGUGCAAUCGAUCUCGGACAUCCAGCACUAUCCAACUCAGCCACUCUCAUCAUCAACGUGCAAGACAUCAACGAUAAUCCGCCGGAGUUCACGUCGAAACAUUAUUUCGCGUCGGUUCCGGAGAUAAAUGCCAUCGGGUCAGAAAUCUUGAAGGUGCUUGCCACCUCCAAAGACACUGGCAUAAAUGCAGAAAUCAGCUACUCCAUUAUCGGUGGUAACGAGCAUCGGAAGUUUAGCAUUAACAACAAAACUGGCAUACUGUCGCUAGCGGAUACGCUUGACUAUGAACGAGCUAGAGAUUACUUCCUUACAAUUCAAGCUGUAGAUGGUGGAACGCCACCGCUCAGCAAUCUGGCUACGGUCAAUAUCUCCGUUACGGACAGUAACGACAAUCAUCCACAGUUCACACAAAACUCGUACAACGCACGAAUUCGUGAGGAUGCUCAGCGCGGUGAUCGUAUACUCCAGGUUCGGGCGAACGAUCUUGACUCGGAGGAUAACGGUCGGGUAAGCUACACGAUCGAGCGUGGUGAUCGUAUGGAGCAGUUUGCGAUCGAAGAAGACUCCGGCUAUAUCUCAGUCGCGGGAACUCUUGAUCGUGAAUCCAUUUCGAACUAUGUGCUGGAAGUUCAGGCACGCGAUCACGGUGUGCCAACGCUUACGGCCUAUGUUCUCGUAAACAUUGAGAUCUCCGAUGCUAAUGAUAAUCCGCCAGUAUUUACCCAGCAAAACUACACAGCUGUUGUGCAGGAGGAUAAACAGAUCGGUCACACACUGCUGAAGUUCGAUGUGACGGAUGCCGAUACGGCACCGAAUGCAGCACCGUACACGUUCGAUUUUCGAUCGGGUAAUGAGGGUGGCUAUUUCCGCAUUGAGCAGGAUGGAAUUCUUCGCACUGCCACACGGUUUAACAGUAAGAUUCGUGAUAGCUAUCAACUUCAGGUGCGCGUGUUUGACAAUGGAACUCCACCACUCUACUCCGACACUUGGGUACUGGUGAAGGUGAUCGAAGAAUCGCAAUAUCCACCCGUCAUCACACCGCUGGACAUUUCAAUCAACUCUUUCAUGGACGAGUAUCCAGGUGGUGUGAUCGGUAAGGUGUACGCAACGGACCAAGAUCAAUACGAUACGCUCACGUACGGUCUCUCACCAACGAUCGGUGUUCUCUACUCGCCUACGAACCUCUUCAACAUCUCCAAGAACGAUGGUGUGAUCUAUGCCUACCCAAGACUAGACGUCGGUGACUAUCGUGUCAAUGUUACCGUUACCGACGGGAAGUUUGCCUCCUUCACAAUCGUGAAGGUUUCGGUCGAGCUGAUCAACGAGGAGAUGCUGGCGAACUCGAUCGUGAUCCGCUUCCUGAAGGUGUCACCGGAGGCGUUCGUGUUGAGCCACCGGAAAGGCUUCAUCCGCUCGGUAAGGAAUGCGAUCGGGUGUAAGAUCAAGGACAUCAUCAUCAUCUCGGUGCAACCGUCCAACGAUGACGAUCUGAAUCUGAUACAGCAUCGUGCCCGGCGAGAGCUGGCUAACGUAACACACUUGAUGGAGUAUGGCCCAAGGACGAAGCGUAAUGCAAACCGUGAUCUUGACGUACUGUUCACCGUGCGAAAGACUCAAACGGGUGGAUUUUAUGCUGCCCAUGAGAUACGGCGUGUAAUCGACGAGAACUUGGAAGAGAUAGAGGAUGCAACGAAGCUACAGAUCGACGAGGUCGUCAAAUCGAAGUGCUUACCGAACUUCUGCAUACACGGAGAGUGUGAGGACAAGAUUGUACUGGACGCGAAGCUGAUACAUCCCGUGUCGACAGAUGUGACGAGCUUUGUGUCGGCACGUCAUGCUCAUCGUAUGGAGUGUGCCUGUCGGGAAGGGUACGGUGGUGACAAGUGUCAGCAUGCAGUUAACGAAUGUUCGAAGGCACCCUGUCCACCGUACAAAAUAUGCAUCCCGGACUCGUCCGAUCAAGGGUACCAUUGUACAUGCAGAGAAGGAUUCGCUGGUCCCAAGUGCGAUCGAGACAUUACACUGUGCAACGACGAGACGUGCUACGUACCGAGAAAUCCGGUUUCUUUCAGUGGCAAGAGCUAUGCACACUACCGAAUCGAGAAGGAGAUCGCUAGGAAAAAUCUCGAAGAUCAGCUUGUGCUGAGCUUACGGCUGAGAACAGUUCAACCGACCGGGAACAUCAUGUACUCGGCCGGUAAGGUUGACUUUAACAUUCUCGAGAUCAUGAACGGAAUGAUCCAGUACCGGUUCGAUCUUGGAUCGGGUGAGGGACUCGUGAGUGUUUCCAGUAUCUUCGUCUCGGAUGGUUUGUGGCACGAAGUUCGUCUAGAAAGGGAAGGAAAUAGUGCCAAGCUUUUUGUGGAUGGGAAGCACGUCGCCCAGGGUAAUGCACCUGGCGUGAAUGGAGUUCUAAAUCUUCAAUCCGAUGAUAUCUUCUUCGGAGCGGAAGUUAAGCAACAUCCAACCGUGCUUGGGUUCCAAGAUGUUCAGCGAGGAUUCGUUGGGUGUAUGGAUGAUAUUCGACUGUCGAAGAUUCCGGUUCCACUGCACAUGAAGGGUGCUAGCUCGGUCGCCAGCUUGCGUCAGUUCGCCAACGUAGAGUUCAGCUGCGAUGCAUCAUCGGUGCUGGUACCGCUCGGUGUUUGUGGUACACAACCCUGCUGGAACGGAGGUACCUGUAAGGACAUUGGUGGUGGCAACUUUGAGUGUUUGUGUCAUUCGCGCUUCUCCGGACCUUACUGCAAGGAAGAUCUCAACCCAUGUGCCUCAUCACCCUGUCUGUAUGGUGGCAAGUGUUCGAAGGUAGGCUUCGGCAAUUACACCUGCGACUGUCCGGCUCGUAUGUCCGGUAAGCGAUGUGACUAUGGCAGGUUCUGCACACCGAACCCUUGUCGUAAUGGUGGAGUCUGCGAGGAAGGUGAUGAUGGUCCGCUCUGUAUGUGUCACGGGUAUAGUGGUACCUUCUGUGAGACCGAUAUUGACGAAUGUGAACGGCAACCGUGUGGUAAUGGAGCGACCUGUAUUAACGAAGCUGGCAGCUUCAGGUGCAUCUGUCCACCAGAGAUGACGGGAGCGAGCUGUGGUGAUCCACUUAACACGAACGCACUCACCAUUGCACUGAAGAAAGUCACAUCGGAAGCGUUCUUCAUCGCAGUCGGUGUAAUCGGAUUCGUGCUGGUCGGAGUGGUGGUUUGGGGUGUUACAUGUGUGUGUCGCAAGAAGCGUCGUUCGAGUCGGCACGAAAAGAUUAACAACGAAGCGAACAAGGGCAUCGUGCUGAACCCGGUUUCGGAAACUUCCGGCUACAAACGUGGCUCCAAAAUGAGCAAUCUAGAGAUACAACGCGAUCAGCGACCGGUUUCAUACACGCCGAGUAGUAACAAUGCUGCAGACCAUCUGUACAACUGUAACGCGAUGCUGCAGUACAACAAUUUGGAUACACUGCGUAGCUACGGGUCGGCCGGUGAUGAGCUCGAGAACGUACCGCCAGAGUACCGGAAAGGCACUGUACCGUGCAACCAGCAAAUGGUGAACCUGAACAGUGGUGGAGCAAAUGCCAACUCUUCCGACACCGAGUCACUACACAAACAGAAGUGGAACGAACAGAUCCAGCUGCAAACAUUCACCGACAAGAUCAACAACGAUCUGAAGCGGCUCGCCCAAGGUGGUUCGCCUGAUCCUCUCCUGCAGCAGCAACAGCAACAACAGCUUCAACCUCAACUCCAGCCACCUCAUCCCGGGGCCCACCUGCGUGUGUCACCGAUGCAGCUAAAACCGGCCCAGAUGGGCAUACUGCCCGGCCGGCUACUCAACACACAACACUCGCCCACGAUGCUGAUGCCACCGCACAGCUUCGAGGACGCACCGUCACAUCACGGCAGUACGGCCGCCUACCAUUGGGACUGUUCCGAUUGGGUCGGCCGGGGCCAUCAUCCGCUGCCCAACAUCACCGAGGUACCCGGCAGCGAAGUACCGGACUCGUCCAGCUUCCACAGCAACGAAAGCAAUGAGUCGCAUCCGAAAACAAGUCUUCUUCCACCGAUUCUAGGACCGGUGGACUCGACGCGUGAUAUCGAAACGCUAAACGAGGAUAACGAGUCGGAGUACGUGGACGAUUCGGAGUGUGAUCAGAGUGAGCAGCCGCUCUCGUUGGGCUUCGAGCAGAACUCCUCCAUAUCCUGCCUGAACCCGCUCGACAGUGGCAGCGAAGACUAUAGAUUUAACACAGUGCCUUUAAAAGUUAAUACACCUGAUAGUUAUCUGCGUCAUCCGAACAGUUACUUGCCGAAGUAUAACAUACAGAGCGAAACGGAGGGCGAAAAUGUGCCACUGACGGGCCGGAAGCCGCUAAACGGGCUCGAGAUAGGCCGCCAUCAGCUGGUUGAGUCGGACGACGAUGAUGUCGAGUCGUACGGAUUCCCCCAAACGCGCCGAAACCGUCGCGAACCCAGUGAUAUCGAUUUAGUUUUAAAAACUGACGAAGGUAGCUCUCUGCUUAGCCAUUCCCGCACACACAACAGCUCGAACCACUCGAACAGUGAUCUCUCCACGCAGCUGUGCGAGAUCGACGACUCCGAAUACGAGGAGGGCCAUCAGCAGCAACCAAUCCACCAUACCAUCACCAUCAUCACCAUCAUCAUCAGCAGCAACAGCAGCUUCAGUCCCAGCCCGCCCCUUCUGCCAAUGUGUCCGGAUCGUCUGGUGGUAGCGCCGGUUCGACCGGUGCCACCGCCAAACCGAAACAGCAAAAGGUCAAGUGGAGCAACACCGUACAGCAGACGGAAGUUUGACAGCGGCAGCUAAUCCGUGACAGCAGCAACACACACCGCCACCAGAUGGCACUAACAGAUAAGACUUAUUUUACUACUUUUACUAGUAA